AUGGAAUAUGAGAAGGAUGUAGCCACUACUUCUCUCGGCCCUCCCCCACAUCUCGAUGGUGACUCUCUGCUAUGGGAAGAAAUAGACCUCCAUAAAGAAGCAGUAGUAGCACGCCCCGACCUGACCAAAGAGCUAGAUGACAUACAGAUGCGCGGAGGUUCAAGCUGGUGUGAUAAGCUGUGGCUCGGUUUAUUCACGCUGGAGGGCAAAAUACAAAGGGUUGUUGGCCGUCUCGUGAAGGACCAUAUGGAGGGGGUGUAUAUGUCCCUGGAGUGCCCGGUUGGGAAUGGGACGGCUGCUAUCCUUUGUAGCGUUCAUAAUGGGGGGGUGCGCCGUCUGCGUUGCUCAUAG